AUGGCCGGACCCCUUUUUCGAAAGGACUGCUUUCAAACCCCCAACGUACCCCCUCCACUGCACUUUGGACGAACAAAACGCAACCCCGGAUUGGGAUUAGUCGGGCCCCAGUCGCCAAAUUCCACCAACAGCUCCUCCACGGAAUACAGCAUGUUUGGAAAAGUGCAGCGUUCAAACACUGGUGGAUAUGUGAUGCCACAUCAGCUACCAUCUGUGUCAACAUUCGCUGGAAGUCCAGGGGUGCAAAGAGGUCAUGGCUGGAAUUUACGCACGUCACCUAAGAACCCUGUUCGACGAAUGAAUUCUUUGAAUACGGAGUGGACGAGGUCUCGGAGCCUGAAACCGCGGCACUACGAGAUUGUUCGAAGAUCGCGAAACGGUCAGGCAAAUGCAAUCCUCACACCGCGUCCGUGCCGUCAGUUUGACCUCCGUGGAGACAGUGAUUACGAGACGCCUGAACGAGUGCGCGAGAGAACGUUGCGUCUCUCCCAGAGUUGCUAUCACCCAAACGAGAGACCUAGGCUGUGGCAGGGGGAGUCAGUUAGGUCAGGGGGCUCUGAGAUAGCCAAUAAACAUCGAGGUUUGAGCGCUGACGCAAAUCACCACGCAUCACCUGAUCACCAACGUCCCAUCUCACCCAAGUCUUUCUCGUCAUGGCGACAAUGCGCCACUAGCCGAGCAGUGGACGCGCCUCCAGACCGCAGGGGGCGUUUGGAGAGGCUGCAGACGCCCCACUUGGCUCUUGUUGGGGAAAACAGUCAAGCCACAGACGUCUAUGAGACAGAGGGACCAGCGGUAGCAUCGAGUCUGCUGGAAGCCCUGAGAGAGUUGAAGGUGGCCGAAGCCGAACAGCUGGACAGGACGCAGUUAGUCGAAGCUCGCCGCAUCACCCUGUUUGACCUGAUUGCAGGGAAAGAGCGCAGACAACGUGCUCGUUCGCCACCGCCCGUUCCACCGAAGCCCACACGCAGGACAAACAGACCACACCAGGAGGUGACGCCGGGUGUCAGGGACGAACUAGGGAUGAAUUCGUCGCACGUCAAGGACCCCUCUAGCUCCUCCACCAUUCCCAAAUCCGUCAUCAACUUGCAGCCUUCGAUGUUGUUUGUCGCUGUGCCGCCUCCCUUGCCCUCUCCCCCGAAAACCGCUCUUCUCCGACAAAUCGAUUUCAAAGGAAAUCAUUCACAGACGGCAAAAAUUCGUGAUUAUAACGAACACGAAAUCAAGGCAGACUGCGUGAAGCCUAUCAGCGAGAAUCCAUUUCUUAAGCGGGACCGCUGUCAAACAGAAAUCGAGGACCGAUGUUUACCCCAGCGAACCAGAAGGACUGCAAAGGAGAUGGAUGUGGUCACCAAGGAAAUCAACACAACAGAGAGUUCAGUGUCACCGUGUCUUAGCGGAGAAGGCGAUGGUGAUAAAGACGAGUUUGAGAAGACUUCCACAUCCUCGGAGUCAAUGGAAUGGCCCAAGCCAGAUCAAAUCACCGCCUGUCCCAAGUCCGGACAGUGCUCGCCAGACACGCCUGAUGAAUGCCUCCACAGACCUCAGCGACGAGGACAAUGCAGUCAAGGCAGUGUUCGUGACGAUGUAAUCGCAAAUCGUGGUCUGGUACGAGUGAGUCUGGUAGCCGCUCCAAAAAACCCGAUACCUGUCGAGAAUCAAAGCAUUGCUGUGGAUGCAGCCUCAGAUACGAGCAGUAGUCAAGCGAGCACCGUGUUUAGCUACCCCUGGGAUCUUCCGCCUCCUCAUCUUCAAGCGGAGAGGCGACCCCGUGAUGAGGCGAAUGUGCAGAGGGUUGGUGGCGUCGCUGACGAUGACGACAACGCGGUGUUGAAUUCCACGCCGUCUUACAGUCUCGCGAAAUGGGCCACGCUUCACAAACACAUCUCGAGUGCUGGAGGUGCCAUGAAGAGUGACUGCAGUUCCUUAUCCGACGACAGCGCGCUUUCAGAGGAGGCCAACGGUGGUACCCUUUCAAGAGACGGCGUCGGAUCAAAGGACGCCAUUGAGGGACCGCUGUUGCCUUCGACUGGGUCCACGGACGUUGAAGAGGAGACGCGAGACUUCAGGAACGCGCAACAACAAAAUCUGGCUCUAAGUUCUGAUGAAGAUGAUGACGCUGAUCGUGCGUGUGAGUCAGCCAAUCAGGAUGAAAGUAAUCAGAUUAGCGAGCCAAUCAUGAAUCAGUCUGAUGCCUCUGAUGACAAUGCUCCCGAUUCUGACGAAGAAGCACUUCCCUACGCCAUAGUAGGUGAGGAAUCCAACGUCUAUGAAAAGAUAUUAAACCGUGCUGCACCAAAGAAUAAGCAGUCGCCCGAUUUGGAAGCUCCGUCGAAGCCAAGUCAUUGUAAUUCCGGUGGUACCAUUAAACCUUAUGUUUAUGCUGAGGUAAAGAAGUCAGCAGACGUUCCCUUCACGAAUCGCCUUACAAGUCCUCCAGUCCCACAGCAUCCACUUAAGAGUGACCGGGAAGCGAGACUUUCAUCUCGAACAAAUGAUGGACAUUUUUAUGAGAUAAUCGAUAGUAAUGCGCGGGAAACAGAGAACGUGAAACCGGUCAAUGGGACUUGUCCGUCUUCAAAUUCCUCUCCAGUUUUAAAUGAACAGACACAAGACAUCCGGGCCAAUCAGCUUCGAGGCGCUGUCAGCUCUUCGGCUUCAAACGAACGCGGAAGGCACCUGGAAAGAUUCAUUUGCGGCCUGGUUAACGACAAAAAGUCGUCAUUUUCUAAGCACGUCACCAAGUUCGUUGAGUGUGCACUCAAGCAGCUGGAACAACCAUGUGCCUCUAGACUGCAGCAUAUCCGACAAUUUAUGAAUGGAGCACCACAAUACCUACAGAAAGUGCACAAAUUGGGUUUGAAGCUUGCAAUUGAAGCUGAGUGCAGAGAGCUACGCGGUCUGCAGUAUUUUGACGUUGGGGGUGAGCUGGAAGAACUAGCACAGUGGGCAACUCUGAGACCCCUGCACCAAAAAAUAAUUGAUAAUCUUGAACGCCAUGGACCUGGGUCUAUUUCGGUCAGAAGAGCCAUCCGGUUUGCGGAUUUGGUAAAAAAUGACCACCUCAACAGUCCUUGUUUGAGUAAGGUCGAUAGAGCCGAUUUAGUCAAACAAAUUUUAAAGCCAAUCGAACAAAUCUUCGCUCUUCUAGAAGGUUCUUUCAAACCCGCUACCAAGCUUGACUACCUAGCGCGCAUUUUUCGCAUCAUCGAUGAGCAGAUUCAAAAUUCAACCAAUCAGACACAAGCGCAAACAAAGAAUGCGCGUGACGCGUUAAGAAUCAUCCUCUACGCAAUGGUGUUUUCCCUGACGAGAAUGCUGGCAUUCUCGAGGCCAGACGUCGAUGUGAGUCGCGUGGAGGUGCAGCAGCGUUACAUCGAGGGCCUUAUCUCGCCAGCUCGUCUGGCCGCAAAUGCCGACGCCUGUAGACGUCUCACGGACCUCGUCUGUGUCCUGCGCUACGUGGACAGCUUCGUGCGAUAUCCACCUCCACCUGACACCAUGCGCUUCCUCAUCACGCAUCAGCGAAAUCCCAACGAAGCACCGACCACGUGGCUUGACACGGAGUUCUUUAGCUCUCAGACCUUAAAUAAGCUGCGCCGAUCCUUCACCGAUGACAUCCAGGCGGCCCUAGCUCGAACCCCAGACACCCUCAUUGAUUCCAGCAUGACGCGAUCGAUGCAGACGUGGGAGGAAUCUCUGAAAUGUGGAAGCGAAAGCUUCUACGAAUGCAAAUCUUCGAUUGUCGUUCUCGCUGCAAGCGAAGCAGAUCAUCGUCUGGUGCCGUACAACAUUCCCCUACGACCGAGUCUCACUGUUAGGGAGCUGUGCAAUCUGCUGGCUUUGAGGCAGCAAAUUUUUGACCCCAAGGAAUUCACCCUGUUCUUCCACUCCGCCAGUGGAGAUCUUCCACUGCUGGAUUCUUUGCACCUCCAACGAUUUCUGGUGCAACAGGGUUUAAGUGACGCCCAGUCACCGAACGACGAAGGUCUGUGUUCGUUUUCCUCCUGUGGAAGCAUCGAUUUGAUCGCGUCACCGCGACCCUCAACACCUAAAAGAUCCACCUUCAGUAGGUUGUUUCGGCGUCGCAAACGAGUAGCGAGCACAGAGACAAACCUUUUCAUGACUGAUACCACGUCGGCACGUCAGCGCAAACCCUCCAUCGAUUGGAGUUCAGCUGACAUGCCGACAGCUCCGUUUGUGUUGAUCUACCGUCGACGAAGUACUGAGGCUGUGCUCUACGCUAGUGAUCUCUUCCAGAGUAUUCCGAGUUCUAGCAAAUUGAUUUAA